AUGUCGAAGCAGAAGGUCUUAAUAGUCGGCGCCACGGGCGAGACCGGCAGCACCGUUCUCGACGCCCUCAUCGAGGAUGGGUCAUUUGAUGUCACCUGCUUCAUCCGCACCGCAUCAGCCAACAAGCCCGCGGCCCAGAAGCUCCGAGACCGCGGUCUCAAGAUCGUGACCGGAGAUCUCACCGGUUCUAUCAAAGACCUGGUAGCGCUAGUCUGCGGCACCGACACCAUCAUCAGCACGAUCUACCCCGAGAGCGUGGGCGAGCAGAUCCCGCUUGUCGAUGCGGCCGUCCAGGCCGGCGUGAGGCGGUUCGUGCCGUGCAACUUCGGCACGCCCAGCGCGCGCGGCGGCAUCAUGGACAUGCGCGACCGCAAGGAGGAGGUCCACGACCACAUGUUCCGCGCGCGCCUGGGCUACACCAUUGUCGACGUGGGCUUUUGGUACGAGACGAGCUUCCCGCGCGUGCCGAGCGGGCGGUUCGACUACGCGUCUGCCAUUCCUAACCUUGAGGUCUUUGCCGGUGGCGCUGCACCGAACAUGCUCAUUGGGAAGCGGGAUGUCGGACGCCUGACGGCGAGGAUCAUGAAGGAUGAGCGGACCUUGAAUAAGAGGGUUUAUGCGUAUGCGGAUCUGCUCAGCCAGAACGAGCUUAAUGCUAUUGUUGAGGAGAAGACCGGGGAGAAAUUGGAGCUUACUCACGUAACAGCGGAUCAAGUCCUCGCGAACAUCACAGCGGCGAGGGAGGCGUUUAAGGCCAAUCCGGCGGAGCCGGUCAACAUGUAUAUGAUGGCCAUGUCUCAGUACGCGAAUACCAAGUAUGUGCGGGAGGACAACACCCCUGAAAAUGCCGAGUACCUGGGCUAUAUCAACGGACGGGAGUUGUAUCCGGAUUUUGAGUGGCUUAGCUUUGGCGGUUUUGUUGAUGAACUGCUUGCUGGGAAAGUACAGAAACCGUACGCGCAUCUGAGCAUGUAA